CGAAAGCAGAAAAAGAAAAGGAGAAAAAAAAACAAAGGAAACGCGUGAUCCGUAGCUACCAAUCACGCAGGCUUUAUACUUUGGGCGGAGUAGAUCAUAGGCGUACGACCCCGUGAUCGGCAUAUGGCAUUCAAACGACUGCGCAACAGUCAGAAACACAGCUGCACAGUAAAUUGAAGGCUAUUCACUCACUUCACAGCGCUGCACACAGGCUCUUCAGGGCGCUACAGUUUUCACCGCUCUCGACCUUUUUUUAUUUUUAUUUUUGUUUUUAUGUAGGUUUAUAAUUUCUCUAUCAUGCGCUUUUCGGCAUUCUCUAGAGACGCAGAGAGCUGCGAAAAUCGCUAUGGACGAUGAAGCACCGGUGGUUUAUUCAUGGUUUUGACGGACUUUUCAUCGAGCAUCUCAGCAUUCUGACAGUGUUUUGCUUGGUGGAAUUUAGCACACUGCCUAGGGUUUUAUUGAGAUGAUUGGGAUCCUAUGAUUUGACGGGUUGACUCGUUGAGUCGCCAUGGAAAGUUUCAGUGAAGAAGAGGAUCAGUUCUUUGAAGCCCGCGAGGACAUUAGAUCUGUAUCUGAUUCGAGCUCUGAUUGCCCGGAGAAUUUAGAUUCUGAUUGUGGGGUAGUUGAUUCCUUGCCUAUUAGUACUAAUUAUGAGGUUUGGAUUAAGAGCCUGGGCAGCAUUCAUGAACGGCGCAAUAAAUUUCUCAGGUGGAUGGGUUUGAAUUUUGAUGAGACCACGAGAGAUGAUCCUGGUAAUCCAUCUUCACAGGAAACAGAAGUUCAGACUGAUAGAAUGACAGAACAUGGUGGGGCGGUUCUAAGAUCAUCAAAUUUUGAUGAUAGGUUUUCAUCAAGCCAUUCUUCCAUGUCAUGUUGUUCAAGUGAUACCUUAGACUUGUUAGAUGGAGUGUUGGAGGAGAAUUUCAUGUAUAGAAUUAGAAACUUGGAUGAUGGGACAGAGUUUAUUGUGGAUGAAGAUGGUUUGUCUGGGAGGAUACGUCAAGUGGGAUCGAAUCGAUUCCUUACAGUGGCAGAGUUUGAGAGGAGUCUAGGAUUAUCCCCUCUUGUUCAGACAGUGAUGCGGAGAGAAGCUGAAGCGUUGUCUAAAUUUAGGGCAGCAAGAAAGCGGGUGAAGAGAGGAUGGUUGAGGAGAUUAGGUGUUGUUGCUUGUGUUGUUGAUAGGCAAGUUGAAACUGGAGGUAUGGGAGAGGAUGAACCCUAUUCUGUUGCAAGUGCUAGGGCUCAAAUUGUCAGAGUUCGGUCAUAUAAGAAGCGGGUCAAGGAAUUUUCUGCUCUUUAUAUGAGACAAGAUUUUCCGGCCCAUGAAGGCUCUAUUUUGACAAUGAAGUUCAGUCCUGAUGGCCAGUACCUUGCAAGUGCUGGUGAAGAUGGAAUUGUGCGUGUAUGGCAGGUGAUGGAGUUAGAGAGAUCCAAUGAGUUUGGCACACUUGAUAUUGAUCCUUCGCAUGUAUAUUUCGAAAUUAAUAAUCUUUCUGAAUUAGUUCCUCUUCGUGCUGAUAAAGAGAAAAAGGGGAAACUCAAGAAUCUGCUAACAUCAGACUUGGCUUGUGUUAUCUUUCCUCAAAAAGUAUUCCAAAUAUCAGAGAAACCAAUCCAUGAAUUUUAUGGGCAUUGUGGAGAGAUCUUGGACCUCUCCUGGUCAAAGAAUAAGCAUCUCCUGUCAUCUUCUACGGAUAAGACUGUUCGGUUGUGGAAAUUGGGCUGUAAUCAAUGUGUGGAAGUCUUUUCCCACAAUAACUAUGUUACAUGCAUUCAGUUUAAUCCCACGGAUGAUGAUUCAUUCAUCAGCGGUUCCAUAGAUGGGAAAGUACGCAUCUGGGCAAUUCCUGGUUGCCAAGUUAUUGACUGGACUGAUGUUACAGAAAUUGUUACAGCUGUUUGUUAUCAACCUGAUGGAAAGGGUAUAGUAGUUGGCUCCAUGACUGGCAAUUGUCGGUUUUAUGAUGCUUCUGAUAAUCGUCUGCAGCUGUGUACGAAAGUGUGCUUACAGGGUAAAAAGAAGUCGCCAUUCAAGAGGAUAACUGGCUUUCAGAGUUGCCAUUUUGCCCUGCAGUUUUCCCCUAGUGACCCAACCAGAUUAAUGGUUACUUCUGCUGAUUCAAAAGUCCGUAUCCUCAGUGGGGUUGAUGUGAUAUGCAAAUAUCGAGGGAUACAUAAUGCAGGAAGUCAGAUAUCUGCGUCUUUUACACCAGAUGGCACACACAUUAUUUCAGCAAGUGAGGAUUCUAACGUCUAUGUCUGGAACUAUAGUAGCCAGGAUUUGCCUGUUCCUCAUUCAAAGAACAAUUGGGCAUGUGAGCGGUUCUUCUCAAAUAAUGCAUCAGUUGCUAUACCCUGGUCUGGAAUCACGUGUGGGAAUUCUUUUUCCUCAAAUAUAUUUGGGACAAUGUUGUCAUUCAUGAACUUGGGCCAAUGCAAUGAUGAAAGAAUUUUGGUGCAUUCUGAGCUGGGUGAGAGUUCAGAAUUAAGUUUGCCAUUUUCUUCACCUGAUCAUUUCUCACGGAGCCAAGGAUUUUUCUCUGAAUCAUUAUCCAAGGGUUCUGCAACCUGGCCAGAGGAAAAGCUUCCUUUGAGCUCACCGCGAAUAUCAUCUAAACUGUGUAAAUCCCAUUACAAGUUUUUGAAGACAUCUUUCCAGACUAUGUAUGGUUCUCAUGCAUGGGGUUCAGUAAUUGUGACAGCUGGCUGGGAUGGACGGAUCAGAUGGUUCCAGAAUUACGGAUUGCCAAUUUGCAUCUAAAUAUGUCAAGGUUCAGAAGACCCUGAAGGGAUUUUUUUUCUUUGAGAAAUUUGCCUGCCUUUGGCAAAGCUCAGGUUUCCAUUUUCCUGACUGCACCCUCGUCGAUUGAGUGUGGGAUACAACACAUGCAUGAGCUGAAUAUGUAUCCAUACCCAUGGCAGGUCCUGUGCUGUCUAGUUUACAUGCAUAAGCAAUGGUUGAGAUGUUAAAGCAUUCUUUGGUUCACUGUCUGGCAGAACAAGAAUAUUAGGUGCACAAAAUUGAAUUGUAUAUGUGCCCAGCAUCAAUAGCCUUAUAGACCCAGCUGGUUGGUUAUCCAGUGUACAUACCAUUCUUUGAUUUAUUUUCUUAGCAGUAUGGUGGCUGCUUACCCAAUAUGAAAUGCAGAGUUCUGUUGACGGUCAGGGAGGAUUUUUAGUUUUGUGGGUGCAUGUUGAGAGUCCGUUUUGUGGUAUGCAUUGGGGGAGAUUAGCACUGACCGCUGACAUUGGAAGUCGGCAGACUUGAAGAUAGUCGGAUUCGCAAAUGAUUUCAUCCGUCUCUUUCUAAUGAGAGUUGCAUUUGGUUUUCUGAUUUAAUCAUCAUUAACCCAAGUUAAGCAUCUAGUUUGGAAAGGGUUACGUCGUUGGAAGCUGCUAGAAUUUGCCCAUCUCAAGUCUCCAGGCUUUCCAGGAAAGAAGGGCGAUUCUAAAUCUGUUAAAGCUUGUAUUUUUUUUUUGGGGUCAAAGGGAAAUUUCCUUUAAGCCUCGGGUGCUUUGUCACAGUGGCAAAAAGAAUAUACUUGUAUUAGAUCUGGUUACCAUUUUCAAGUGUAAUAUACCUGUGGAAAAGAAAUUUUUCAUAUU